UGACAUGCUCUGACUGGUACAGUGCGCCUGUAUCACUGAUCUCAGACCGUCUGAGAGCACCUCAGAGAAACAUCAUCAUGAAGAAUCUCUUAAUACUCUUCUGUUCUUUGCUUAUGAGCGGUGUGUUUGGUGAUACAGAGAAUGUGUCAGUGAAAGAGGGAGAUUCUGUCACUCUACAGAUUAAUCCUGAGGAGACAAAAGGAGCUACUGAACUGGUGUGGAGGUUAAAUAACACAGUUAUAGCAAAGAUUGAUUUAGAGGGGAAAGAUAAACCACCACCAGUAUACACUGAUGAGAAGAGAUUCAGAGACAGACUGAAUCUGGAGCGUCAGACCGGAUCUCUCACCAUCACAAACAUCACAGCUGAACACUCUGGAGAAUAUCAGAUGGAGAUCAGAAGCAGCGGAGAAAUCAAACACAAGACAUUCAGAGUUUCUGUCAGUGUGUCAGUGAAGGAAGGAGAUUCUGUUACUCUACAGACUGGUGUUACUGAUGGAAAGGAUGUGAAGUGGAAGUUCAAUGGCGCUAAUUUAACUGACUCGAGAUUCACAAACAGUGAAGUGAAUGAACAGACCGGAGACCUGAACAUCUCAAACAUCGGACUUGAUCAGUCUGGAGAAUAUCAAGUGAACAUCAACGGCAGAUUACACCGGAUAUUCCGCAUUAGUAUCAGUGGUGAAGAGAACAUGUCAGUGAUGGAGGGAGAUCCUGUUACUCUACACACUAAUGCUACUCGUAUACAGGCCGAAGAUGUGAUACAGUGGACGUUUAAAGACUCUCUCAUAGCUUAUUCAAACAAAACAACCACCACAGGCAGAUUUGAUAUGAAUUUGGCUGGUUCUCUCAUCAUUUUAAAGAUCAGAUCUGAUGAUUCUGGACUUUAUGAUGUAAACAUCACUGGCAGCAAACACAUUCACAAGAGAUUUAAUGUUAUUGUCACUGAAUCAAGGUCAAACGGGGAGAAAACUGGUCCAGGAUUAUUGGUAGUACUGAUCCUGAUGGGGAUAUUCCUGAUGAGUUGAUCAUCUGAAAGAACAAGAAACCUGCAAGAAGA